AAAGAGUAAAAGGAAAGUAUGCAUGCAUGGUUUUGCAGACAAAUGUGUGUGUUUGUGUGCGUGCCAGCCUUGUUUGUAUGCCUGUGUGUGUCCUGACAAAGGCUCCAUCCAGCCGUGCUGCAGAGGGCUGCUUGUUCCCAGAGACCCUCGGAGCUCCAGGACGCCCAGUCUCUCUGCUCCCCGCAGCCCAGACACAGCAGCCCCGACACGGACAAGGACCCUCACCCUGCUCCCCUCCGUCCUCCUUCUCCUCCUCCUCUUCCUGGAGGUCUGACACCUGUUUGGAUUACUAAUGGAUGGGAGAAACAGAGCUGAGGUUUAAGUGCCGCUAAACUCUACAGUGUUGGGAGGCUGAAGAGAAGAAGAGGACUCAACUGGACGUCCUGAGAACAGGUUUUUCUUCAUAAUCUGGAAACUUUUCCUAAACUUGUUGAAUUCUGCAGCCUAGUCUUCUCCUCGUCAUUCCUGGACUUGUUGACUUUGUUGAAUCUGUUUUUUCUUGGACAAAUUAUACUAAAAACUCAAAGUGAUUAUUUUGUGUCUGAGGACUUUCUUGGGAACACUCUAUGAGGCAGUCCUGAAGAUUUCUUGUGUGGUUUUCAUAUUAAAUUCUGCAUCAUGUCUCAGUCGGUUUGUCUGUUGCUGUGUCUGUCCCUGCCACUGCUCUUUACUGAUGCAAAGAGUGUUGGGCAACAUGGCAGCCAGCACGAAGACCUUCUUAAACCUUCCUCUGGUGUCAAACUGGAGCCCGUUUGGACCGGCCAGCAGACCAAAGCUCAGGACAACACCCCUGCCCAGAGCCUCCUGCUGGAUCUGGACCUGGACCGCAACCGUCGGCUGACCCGCGGCGCCGACGAGGACGAGCAACAGUCCACCUUCAGCCACUCCUUUGAGAACGACUGGGUGACGACGCCUCAGGUCACAGAGUUCAGCAACACAACACUAGUAACAACCGGAGACGAUGGUCAGGACAAUGACGUCAACCUCCACUCUGGUAACACCUCCAUCCCCGCACACGACGUCCCAGGACUCUUCAACCCUUUCUACCCGCUGGCGGAGAGCUCAUACGCGGCCUACGCUAUCCUGUUCCUGGCCGGCCUGGUCCUGGCGGUGGGCGUGGUGGGAAACAUGGCGGUCAUGUGCGUCGUCUGGAACAACUACUACAUGAGGUCCGCCUGGAACUACCUGCUGGCCAGCAUGGCAUUCUGGGACUUCCUGGUCCUGGUGCUUUGCCUUCCUGUGGUGGUCCUCAACCAACUCUCCCAUAGGAGGAUCCUAGGUGACAUCACCUGCCGCAUGGUGCCUUAUAUGGAGGUCGUGUCUCUGGGCAUCACGUCCUUCACCCUUUGUGCCCUGGGCAUCGAUCGCUUCCACGCUGCCACCUCCUCGUCUCAGCCGAAGGCCCGGCGGGUGGAGCGCUGCCGCACGGUGCUGCUGAAGCUGCUGCUGGUGUGGCUCGCCGCCUUGCUGCUGUCCAGCCCGGAAAUCUUCCUGUGGCAGCUGAGCCAGGCCGUGUCCCCGUCCACCGGCCGGCUGGUCGACUCCUGCACCAUCACCCCCUCCUCUCCUCUGUCCCUCUACCUGCCGGACUCCCUCCACUCCCUCCUGCUCAGGUAUCACCAGGGUCGCAUGUGGUGGUGUUUCGGCUGCUACUUCUGCCUCCCCGUCCUCUUCACCGUCCUCUGCCAGAUGGCCACCCGCAACGUCAACAGCGACUCCACCUCCGCACAAAAGCAGCGCACCCAUGACGACCGCUCGUCCAAUCAGAAGAGGCAGCAGCACCAGGCCGUGGAGCGGCAGCUGAACUGCACGCUGCUAGCGCUAGCCGUGGUGUACGGCGUGUGCGCUCUGCCCGAACACGUCUGCAACAUCACGCUGGCCUACACGCACAUCACCGUCUCCGAGGACACCGCCUCCAUGCUGGCGCUCUUACAUCACUUCCUGUUGUUCUUCAAGUCGUCUGUGACACCUGUGCUGCUGUUGUGUCUGUGUAAGGCUCUCGGCCAGGCCUUCAUGGACUGCUGCUGCUGCUGUUGCCAGGAAUGCCAGCCAACCACAGCUCAAGGAUCGCCCGGCUCCGCCCAGGUCAAGCUGAAGGCGGCCAAUGAGACGUCCAUCUUCUUUGACAAGGCUAAAGACACGUCGGCCAUUUUGUCCAUCACCAACUAGAGUCACGAGUCCCUCCUCAACCACGGAUCGACCAUUUUGUCCAUAAAUCAAUCACCCCACCGUCCAGUCUGCUCUUAGCUUUCACCUCCGCUUCCCUCUCUCUCAUUUCCUCCUCCUACAGAGUCGCUUUAAGGUUUUCAAAAUUUCUGCUUAAAAAUGACUCAAAACAUCCACAGAUUUUCACACAAGUCCUGAAAGUGGACAGAGAUAGAACCCAGUCAAACACAUGAAGCCGCCUACAGCAGCUUGGACGAGUGUCAGGAAAAUUAGUCCACGUGUUCAGAGGUUCCUGGUUUAGUUGGAAUAAACGAGGAUUUAAUCCAAUAGAAAUGUGGUGGAAGAGCCUGAAGCAUCAGGUGAUGAGAGGAAACCACCAACAUCUCAGAACUGAUCUGGUUCUGUUCUGGGAUCAGAUUCCUCCAAGCGGCUGUAGACGCUGAUCAGCUGUUACCACAAACACUGAACCAUAUGUUUCAGUUUAAUGUGUUUGGUUGAGUUCUCUUUGUUGACUUCCAGGACUCGUGUUGAUGAUUUGAAUCAUUUUUAUGAAGAAAUGCAAAAACCUUUAAGCGUCACUUUUUUUUUGUUUUAUUUUUUUCUCUUCCAGAACAGUAAUCAGCUUUCAUCCCGUCUUCUCUUCCUCUGCCAGACCUCCGUUUGUAUGAUACCCCUGUACAGACUCAGCGCCGCCCCCUUUCCAGAGAUGUUUAAUCUGUAGUGAGAUUUAGAGAAGUUGCUGUACUUGCACAGACCAGGAGCCUGUUUCUGGACUCUCCGGAGGGACUGUUCUCUCCGGCCUCGUGGUGAAGAAUGUUUGGGAUGCAGAACAGAUGGAAAACGUUGAACAUCGUCUUUGUUGGUUCCACAGUUGGUUUUAUUGAAAUGAGAGUUUAAAUAAAUCCAUGAUUCAUUAGGGAUGUUUGAUGCUUCGAUACUGGACUGAGCGUGAGAACUAAUGAGAACAUUUGUCUUGUUUGGCAAAUAUCACAUGUCCGUGGAUUUAAAAUAUGGAAAUUAGAAUUUUAAAUUCUUAAUUCAAAUCAUUGUCUAGUAACAGCUCUAAAUUAUUCUGAGGCAGAAAUAAUCUGGUUUCUUGAGCUCGUCUCUACUGCCACUUGUUAUUUCAUCUGGAACUUAGCAGCAAAUACAGAAUUCUUUACUAUCGAUCUAAACCAAUCAGCCACAACAUUAUGACCACUGACAGGGGAAGUGAAUAACAUUUAAUCCAGCUUGCGACAAUUCAGUGUUCUGCGUUCUUAAAGGAAACUUUACGACCUGGGAUUCAUUCCUUCACAUUAUUAGGAAGGUGGUCAUAAUGUUAUGCCUGAUCAGUUGAGAAUAUUUAGUGUUCAAAUUCUAACCCCAAAUGUCCAGAAGCAGAAACUCUUUGAGGAUAAAACCUUGGAGGUUCCUUCAGACCAAACCUAACCUCAUAGCAAACACAAGAAAAGAGCAACUUCAGUUCAAACUCCCCCAAAAUAAACAUGAUUGUAACUCAGAAAUUGGUUCUUGCAGAAGAUCGUUCAUUUUGGAAGUUCUGGUUGUUUAAACCUGUCCAGCAUCCACAGCCGUCUCUGCCUGGAGAACGUCUCCACCAUCAGAAACGACUGACGCUGGGUUAUUUCUGCCUCUAACGCAGCAUCCAGUGGAGGUGAAGAACCAGGUUGUCAUGUCAGACGUGAAUGUGUGUUGUGAGGGAGAACAUGUGAAGAGUAUGUGAACAGGACUCUUUGUACAGGAAGUUAAACUGUGUAGUCGUCAACAGCAUUAAUGUGUCUUUAACGUUCACUGAAACCUCUAGAGCAGACGGAGGAGCGGGAGAUGUGACUGUAGCUCGUUUUAAUGCUAGACACACAACUAAUGCCAUGUUUGUACGGAGGGAAGGCCAGGUUGUGUUUUCUAUGUCACAGGAAUGACUCUGACUUUGUAAUGUUCACAGUGUUGAAAUGUUGGGAUUACAAUAUGUGUCGGCCUCGA